GCGACGACACACCGCCUGCACGAGCCACAUUGUCGGCCAAGGAUACCGGCGAUCAAUGGAGAUGUAUGGCGCCGUUCCCCGGCCUCGGUUCCUCCUCCUCCUGCUCCUCCUCGCCGCCGUGUUUUGGGUCUGCGUACUCUACUUCCGCCUGUCCGUGCUCAUCAGUGGCGUGGCGGUCGCGCCGAUGGAGCGCAUGGUGUCGUUUGCGGCGGGCUACGAGAGCCGAAGCGACGACGGGGACAAAGAUCCAUGCCAGGGGCGACGCGUGUAUAUCCAUGAUCUCCCGCCGCGCUUCAACGCCGACAUGCUCAGUGGCUGCGGCAGCACGGACGGCCGCUGGCCCAACAUGUGCGAGCAAGUGAGCAACGCCGGCCUCGGGGAGCCGUUAACCGAGCUGGAGGGUGAAGGCGAAGGGGAGGGAGCACUCACGGGCGCGGCCGGCUGGUACGCCACGCAGCAGUUCGCGCUGGACGCCAUCUUCCAUGGCCGCAUGCUACGGUACGACUGCCUCACCAACGACUCCUCCGCGGCGGCGGCGGUGUUCGUCCCGUUCUACGCCGGCUUCGACUUCGCGCGGCACCACUGGGGCUACGACAACGCCACGCGGGACGCCGCCUCGCUCGACCUGGAGCGCUGGCUCGUGGGCCGGCCGGAGUGGCGCAGGGCCGGCGGCCGCGACCACUUCCUAGUGGCGGGGCGCACGGCGUGGGACUUCCGGCGCCACACCUGCCCCAGCCCGACCUGGGGCACCAACCUGCUCUUCCUACCGGCCGCCAAGAACAUGACCGUGCUUGUUGUCGAGUCGUCGACCGCGCCCGGCCGCGGCAACGACAUGGCGGUGCCGUACCCCACCUACUUCCACCCACGAACAGACGCCGACGUCCUGCACUGGCAGCAGAGGAUCAAGAGCGCCGACCGCCCGUGGCUCAUGUCCUUCGUGGGCGCGCCGCGGCCGGGAGAUCCGCGGUCCAUCCGGUCGCAGAUCAUCGCCCAGUGCGGCGCGUCGUCCAAGUGCCGGCAGCUGGGCUGCGCCUCCGGCGCCAGCCAGUGCCACACCCCGGGGGACAUCAUGCGGCUGUUCCAGAGCUCCACCUUCUGCCUCCAGCCGCCGGGGGACUCGUACACGCGGCGGUCCGCGUUCGACGCCAUGGUCGCCGGGUGCGUGCCCGUCUUCUUCCACCCGGCGUCCGCGUAUCUCCAGUACCGGUGGCACCUGCCGGGGGACCACGCCACGUACUCGGUGUUCAUACCGGACGACGGCGUGCGCGCGGGGAACGUCAGCAUCGAGGACACGCUGAGAAGGAUACCCGCAACCGUGGUGCGGAGGAUGCAGGAGGAGGUCCUCAGGCUCGUGCCGAGGCUCGUGUACGCUGACCCGAGGUACUCGCUCGACACAGUCAAGGACGCAUUCGACGUCGCCGUCGAAGGUGUCCUAGAGAAGGUGGCGGAGUCGAUGCGCAAAGUCCAAACUGGUCAUCCCCGGUCGAGCUGGCUAGACAAGAUUUGGUCCGAGUAAUAUAUA